GGCAAACGCAACAUGGCCCCCGUACGCGACGCCGACGUCGCGCUCUACGAUCGCGUGCGCCUCUCGCCGUCGUUUGAUACCAUGUUUCUGCAGCUUUGGGAGCUGCCGCGCCUCAAGGCCGCUCAAGACGCCGUCGCCCCAGCUCUUGCCGCCGUGGCGGCCGGCACCUCGGACAAGCACGCGAUGUUUGGGCUCGUGAUGCACGAGACGUUUUACUGGGAGGCACUGGCGACAUCCACCCUCGAUCGCGCGUUCGUCUCGGCGCUCGUCGCGUCCAAGGCCUUUGAUGUUGCCAUUGUCACCUUCGAGCCGUCCGUUGCCAGCCGAGAAGGCAGCGGCGCGUACGUGAUUUCAAAGGCGACGCUGUGCCCGGCGCUGCGCCUUCCGGUCGAGGCUGCGAGCCGCCUUGUCGGUCGCUCGGUUGGCGCAUUUCUUCGCUCUCGGCACACGGAUCCGUGGUCUUCCCAGUGCACGACCGUUGUGUUUUGGCCCACGUCGCGUCGUGCGGCCGCCCUUGGCAUCCCCAUAGCUCUCAAAGCUUUUGAGGCGCACCCCGAGACGGCUGUGCAUGCUGGUGUCUCGCUUCGAUGGCUCGUGGAGAGUCUUGUCCAGCACAUCUCGCAAGCCUCUGCCCAAGACGUCAGGGGCUGGACGAUGUCCUCUGUGCUGCACCUUUGCCGCAUGACCAACGCAUUGGGCACUGUCGACCUCGUGGCGCAGCUCUGGGCGUCGCCGCUCUUGACGAAAGUUAUCAAACAGAUGACAGUUGGCGGUGCUGUGGCCACCCUCCGCGAUGCUUUUGAACGGCUGGGCCUCAACGCACUGUACGUUUUGCUCCAACAGCUUAUGGCGGUUUGGCAGUCGCACGAUCCCAACCGCGGGUUUGCGCUGCUCGUCGAGAUCGCGGGCCUCAAGCGCCGCCCCGUCUGCCCGCUCUUUGACAUCCCCAACCUGCGAGAGCUCAUUCUCGCUGGCUACGUCGCCCUUGUCGCCGUAGAACCCAAAGGCGACACCUGGCGAGAGGCGGUCGUCUCCAACUGCGUGUUUCUCGAAGAGUACGUUUGGCAUGGUUCACUUGACGGCGCAUGGCUCCGACAUCGUCUUCCGGACUUGCCGCUGCGGCUCAUCGAUGCGUUCCGUCUGCCGUCCGAUGGGCUUGCGCGUCUCGCCAGACGUCGUGCGGUGCACCCGUGGUCUCAUCUUGCUCCAGCGUUACAUGCACUGUGGCCACGUCGCUUGCCGCGCUGCGAAGAGCUCUUCCUCUCGACCGUCUUGACCGCCAACGACUACGACAACAUUACAAAUGACCAGCGAACGACCGUGCUUCGUGUGCUCCAGGCACUCGGCAGCUUGACGCACGCUGCGCUUCUCGUGCUCGUGAACAAGUGGCGCACCCACGCGCCGGGCGCGCUCUGGGGCUUUCUCAAUGGCCUCCCAAACAGCGGCGCCGUUCAAGUUCCGUUCUCUGCCACCGCUCGCAUGAUGCUGGUGGAGCUGCAAAAGCUCUCGGUGCUGCAUGACGCCGACCCGACGGAUCCUCCGCCGCUCUGGACGGUCGACAUUCACGACAUUUUGGCUCCCAUGGGUGCACAGCUGCGGCGUGUCUUUGCGUCGCUGACAACGACCGUCGACCUGCUUCGUCGCUGGUCGCCAACGCACCUCGGUGCGUUGAUCACUGGGCUCCUCGACUGCUUCGGCGACAACUUGUCAUGGCACCGUCACUUUGCGCUGCCUUUGCUUCAAACGUUUGGCGAGAGACGUCUUGCGACCGCGACCCUCGCUGUGCUUCAAGCCGAAGCCGUGGUCGACCUCCCGCAGCUUGUCGACGUUGCCUUUGGCGACUUGGUGCUGCCGCCGUGCGCAUGCUGCUGUUGCCGCCGCCUCCAAGCCUUUCUGCACUCCCCCAGCGAGGUGACGUGCCAUCUCGAAACGGACAUGGCGCCUUGCCCCAGCGCGCUCGCCUUUACCGCCUGCCACCCAACGCGCGUGACCCUCGACAUGGAGACGCCUCACUUUGCUGUCGCAAAGCUGCUGCCGUUGCAUGGCGUGCCGCCAGCAGAGCUCGCUGCGUACGAGACGCGGCUUGACGAACGGCACGCCGACAUCGACCGAAUUGCGUGGCUUCAAGCUUUCCUGCGUGGCGACGACGAAGAGACCAAGCACGACGACAAAUAGCCAACCUCCAAGCGUCUCAAGCAGUAGGCUGGGGCUGGCUAGAAUACCCACUUGAGAUUGCCUCAGAAAAUAAGAUUUGGCACUAGGCUCGUCCAUCAAGAGGACACCACCUUUUACGUCCAAGUCGAGGUUGCAGCGCGUAGCAGCCGGGUCCUGUACCGACUCGCUGGCUCCCUCCUUGAC